AUGUCUCAGAGGAGUAAAACAUCUUCAAGAGAAAGCAUCUCAUCUGGUCCUCCAUCCUCAUCAGACGCUCAUCCUCCACGCUCUGCUCUUCGUAACUCUUCCAAAGACUCGAAAAACUCAGGUCACAGGGGCUCAUCUGGCAGCCAAGGACGGCGCAGCAGUAGAACCUUAAGCCAGAAUUCAGCUAUUGCUGCGGCAUAUACACAGUACCUUAAUGCUCUCUUUGGACAGGACAGAGAUUUACUGCCAGAAGAACUAGAUGAGCUCCAUGUAGCAUUUAAAGAGUUUGACUAUGACCAGGAUGGGUAUUUGCACUACAAAGAUGUUGCCGACUGCAUGAGAACCAUGGGAUACAUGCCAACAGAGAUGGAGCUUAUUGAGAUCAUUCAGCAGAUAAAAAUGAAAUGGGGAGGCCAUGUGGACUUUGAUGAUUUCUGUGAAUUAAUGGGGCCAAGGAUGUUGGCUGAGACUGCUCAUAUGGUCGGUCUAAGGGAGUUGCACUGCGCUUUCAAACAGUUUGACUGUGACGGUGAUGGACGGAUCACCUUUGAGGAGCUGAAAGAGUCCACAAAGACGUUGCUGGGUGAGAAACUGAAGAAAGGAGAACUGGAAGAAAUUCUGACAGACAUCGACCUCAACGGAGAUGGGAAUGUGGACUUUGAUGAGUUCGUCAUGAUGCUGUCUCUCCGAUAGCUGAAUGUUUUUCCAUAUAAAGAGCACAAUCGUCGUGUAAUCAUCAAACCUGCCAGUCAAGUUGUUAAAUACGGUGUACAUGAACUGCUGAGAUUUAUGUAACGUUAGAACUGUACAGACUACAGAGUAUUUGUAUUCAAUAAAGGUCCUAAACUGUGUGAGAAUGUUCUGCUUGUUCGAUAGAGGAUGGUGGAUUAUCUAAGUAGUAAGUACAGGUCAACAAAUGUGGGAGUUAUGAAACAGCUGUUGUUGCACAACCAGUGACAUUGCUGCAACCUAGUGGAUGAUAUAGGUAACGAUAAUAAUCAUUUUUAUUAUCUAAUAAGAAAAAAGAUGAUGAUUGAUAGUAAUAAUAGUAAUAAAUUAGGCUCCAGUAUCCCUGCGACCCUACAUAUGCUGUAGGACAAGUGGUUUGGAAAAUGGAUGGAUGGAUAAUAAUAUUGCUGAUAAUAAUAAUACUUGCGGACCUACAUAGGAC